AGAGCAGAAUUGAGUGAAAAUCCAUUGAACGCUGCAUACGGUUAUUGAGUGUUCGCACUGUGGAAGUACUGUCGAGAAACUCAAGUCAAAUUCAACUUUGCUAUCAUGUUUGGCUCAUUUCUUCGGGACUAUGGUGAAGAUCCGUUUUUUGCGGGAACAAAUCAGUUGAUGCGUCAGAUGGAUUCAAUGAUGAACUCCAUGAUGCAAGAUCCAUUUACAAAUAUGAUGCCAAUGCAUCACCAGAUGAUGUCUAUUCAGCCACCUCCUCAAAGGCACUCUGUUGGUUCCAUGGUUCCAUUCGGAGGAAUGCCAGGCUUUCCGAUGGGUAUGGUUGAUCCAUUUGGCAUGCCUUCAAUUGGGCAAAUGUUCCAGAGCUUUGGCCAGUCUGGUUUCGGUGGUGGGGCAAGCCCGAUGUAUAGCAGUAGUUCACUCAUGACAAUGACAACUGGUCCAGAUGGCCAGCCACAGGUGUACCAAGCUUCAACUACCACUCGCACAGCCCCUGGAGGUGUGAGAGAAGUUCAGCGCAGUGUGAGCGAUUCACGCAGCGGGGUUCGUAAAAUGGCUGUUGGGCGGCAUUUAGGAGAGCGUGGGCACGUCGUCGAGAAAGAACAAAACUACUAUACAGGAGACUCGGAAGAAAGAGAAGAUUUCAUAAACAUUGAAGAAGAAGAAGCGCAUCAAUUUGACGAGGAGUGGAACCGAAGAGCUCGCGUCCACCAGGGAAUGCAUGGUCCUUCUCGUGUAGAAAUGUCACGUCCACAUCACCAAUCCAAUUCAUCCAGCUAUAUGGGAGCACCUCUAGCCAUUACAGCUGGACCUAGCCAUGAAGUUGACCGACCAAGAUCUCGUCACUCGACUCAUUCACGCGGAUUGGGACCGGAUCGAAAUGCUAGAAAACGAGACGGAAAUCGUAGUGGAAAGAGUCGUCACGAGACUUCAAUGUAAAUUCUUGGUUAGGAAUAAAACUUCGAAAGGAAUCAAACUAUAAAACUCAAUAAAGCUCCAAAAUCGCCAAGUUUGACAUGCACGUAUUUACCUGCAACAUGUAUCCCUCCUGAAGUGUUGAGCAAAUCCUUUUUCUUAUCUGCUUCUUACUUCACCUUAGUUCUGUUGAUCUGUUACUUUAGAAUCUCACACUCUCGUACUAUGAAAUAAAAAACUUCAAAACGGAAUUUGUUAGUCAUUAGCAUAUAGGCAAACGCGAAUCGUGAUCGGUGUCGGAAAUACAAUAGCCCAAAACAUUAA